AAUGGUCAUGGAGAUGUUUGUUUACAUGGUUUACAAGUACACACACACUUCUGAGUCAUAAGAGGAAGUAGACGAGGGUGUGUUUAACAAAGCAUUGAAACGCAGGUCUGAUGUCCACCUGAUCUACCUGAACGUCCUCAACAGCAUUCCAUCCUGAUUUAUCGUCUGAUCAUCGGUUCUGUAAAGCUGCCAUCACAAACCGCUAAAACACCACCAUAGCAAACCCCAUGCUCACACACUGCACAAGUGAGCAUAAUGAAUACAAAUAUAGUCUCCUUUAUCUAAUAUUUCAUCAUAAUCUCAUAUUAAACCUUGACACAAAUGCUUAAUUUAGCUUCUUUCUGGAAAUAAACACUAACAGAAUGAGAUAUUUUCAGGGUGAAAGUUGGUGAAUGUUUAGAAAUAAGCUAUGUAUUUAUUUUAUAAUGAUGUAAAAAUGGAAAUAUUAUAGAUAUAUAGAUAAUAUCUUGGAUCAUUUUGCUUACACAUAAUUUGACUUGAUAAGGUAUCAUUUUGGUGCCAUUCAGAAAAAUGUGGAAUUUUAAAGUCAUUGUUUUUGCAGACUUGGAUUUUUCUUUUUUCUUUUUUCUGGAAAGCAUUUCUGGAAGACACUGAUGCUUUUAUUUGGUUGUCUUUUGACUUUUUUUUUUUUUUUUAACUUUCCCUCAUUUUUCUGCACAUGGCAUUUUAAUGUAUUCUCUUUUCAUGGAUGACCUUUAAAAUAUAACAACAAAGCUAAAUGCGGGGACUUCAGGGAAGUUUCAAAAAACACUGAAAAGGUGUGAAGUUUCUAGUGAGGAAAAUGUAAGACCCAUGAAGAAGAAACUGUUCUAAACGGACUGGGGACCUAACAAAGGGAAAAUUUCCUUCUGUACUUUCUGGAAUUUUUUUGGUAAUCAGGAUCAUUGUCGAAUUGCACAAUGGAUGCUAUUAUUAAAAGUGAACAUGGUGAUAGUUGAAUCAUUUUAAUGUGUUUUUUAAUUACAAUUCAUCAUAUUUCAUAGAUCAUAUUUGACGUCAGAAAUGCUUUGUGUUUUUUCAUUCUUUUUUUUUUAAAUGAAAUGAAUCAUGAAUAGUAAAUCCUGUUUAGGAAUAAUGUUUAGUUUUACUUCAUUGCUUGGGUAGAUCACAUUUUCAAACAUUAUUAAAGGUCCAGUUAAGAAUCUUUUAGAAAGAUAUGAACCCUUAAGCAGCUACCAAGAGCUAAAUGUUAAACUCGGGACAAGUUCAGUACUUACCCAGUUAAUACAUACACUCUUAGAAACAAGGGUUCUUCAAGGGUUCUUUAAGGGUUCUUUAAGGAUUCAUUGUAUAUUUAAGGGAUAUUAGCUUCCAAAAAAAAGCUCUUUUUUAUAGUUGUAUGGAGCUACAGUUUUCAAGGUUUCUUUUUUAAUAAGUAGAGGUUCUUCAGAUGUUCUUUAAGCCUUCAUUGUAUAAUUAAGGGUUCUUAGUGUCCAAAAAAAAAAAGCUUGUACUUGUAUUGGAAGCCUUUCUGAUAGGAAAACACUUUGUAGGGUUCUAGAUGGAAUCUUUAAAGGUUCCCCAACAUGCUUAUGCAGUUAAUAAGUACAAGCUAAGGGAAAUGGGGUUCUUUGAGGGUUCACUGGUUGCUUCCAAAAAUGUUAUCACUUGGAACCUUUUUCUGAUAAACCCUUAUAUAUAGGGUUCUACAUUCUUCAAGGCUUCUGUGCAAUAAGUAUGGAGUCUUCAGGGGUUUUUUUUUAAGGGUUCAUAGAAUCCUACAACAUUUGUUUUCCUAUCUGUUCCAAUCCAAGUACAACCCUUUUUGGAAACUACAGUCCUUUAUUUAUCCAAUAAAACUUUAACAAACCCUUAGAAAACCUUUUUUUUUUCUAGGAACGUGUAUUUUUACUGGGUAUGUGGAAACUCUUAAAGGCUCUACUUGAAACCCUUACUGCUUUCAAAUACUCUUUCUUACAGGAAAACAUUGUUGUAUGGUUCUACAUAGAACUUUUACAAGUUCCAUCACACCUGUACACACGUUAAUACAUACACUUUUAUAGGGGGAAGGUUCUCCAAGGGUUCUUUAAGGGUUCGCUGGAUCUUUCCAGUACUUGGAUUAGAAGGAAAACACAUUGUUGUAGGGAUCCACUAAGAGUAUACUGUUCAAAAUAAAUGUCAUGUUUCCUAAUAGAGUUGAUUCAUUUUUUAAAAAUGACACAUUAAAAAAUUGGUGGGGGAUUUCCACAAAGAAAAAAGUGCAGUCUGAAAUGAAAUGAAUUUCUUGCAAAAGUGAAAGUCAAUACCAGAGUCUUUAAGAAUCAAACCGGCAUCUGUAAUGGCUUUAUAUGAUUGUUUUUAUUUUGUAAUACUCUGUUUUAUAUUUUUACAAUUCACUGUUAAAAAUGUUAAUAACUUAAAAAUUGUUUGAUUCUCUUAGAAUGUGACCCGAAGGCUUAAUAAUUUGUUAUUUAUGUGAAUAGUUCUGUUUAUUCAGUUCAGCUCAGUGCAGUUCUGACCUCGGAUCAGAUUUGUGGAUCGUACAUGACUGACUCACCGAUGCUUGAUUAGCAUUUCACCAUUUUCAUGAGUUUUACGCAUUGUGAUGGAAUUAAACUUCCCACUUCUCCGUUACAUCUGAUUUCUAGUCUGAAAAAAAAAGUGAAGUGAGAUAGAGCCAUCCUCUUCAAAGUAUCUGCGUGUUUCUCUGAUUUGGGAAAAGCACAUGUGAAACUGUCCGAGCAUUGCAUGUUGGCGAUCAUGAAUGCUUUGUUGUGAGUUGCUUUCGAGCUGUUCCUCCAUCCAAACAGUCUGGUGAAGAUUUUGAUGAAGGUCCUGGAUGCCUCAUGAGAAUCUUAUGAAGAGCUUGUGGAAUCAUGGUGCCUUUCCAAGACGUUCUAUCCGAGGUGAGGAGGGUUCUGCAGGAGUUGAAUCCGAACUUCCUGCCUUCACUUCUCACCCAGCUUGUGGAGGCUCAGAUCUUUUCUGCUCAGUACUACCAGAGCUUUUUUUCCGAGAGCCUGAGCGAUGUGGAUGUGGACGAUUUGGCCAGGAGACUCGCUCUUCCUGUUUGGGAGAAAUGGGAUGCCAGCAAAGUAAUCCUCUCUUCAGUCCUCACAGAGAACGAGAGAGAUAUCCAUGAACCUGAAGACAUCAUGACCAGUGUGGAUCAUGGGGAAACCAUGCCUGUAACAGAUCGUCUAUUGGACAUGAUCGUCUCUGCUCCACUUGAAGAAUUUCCAUUUGAAGAAUUUCUCGAUUCAAGUUACUCAGAUGAGGUCUGGGACGAUAUCCCAGAUGAAAAAUCCACACUGGUUUAUGAUGGAUGCAGUGAGAUUUCAGCUCCCAAGGAAAUACCAACCAGGAAGCGUCGAGUAGUGUGUGAAAGGGCACCGAAGAAAACACCUCGCCCUAAACGCAGUAAAAGAGCCCCCCAGAGCUCUGAAACUCCCCCUGAAGUCAACAUGGCUGUGCAGGAAGGGGAUUUCCACGUCACUGGCAUGUCCUCGCUUGUACGCUUCCCCUUAACGAUUGCCACUACCGCCUCUCUGAUGCCAUCUGGUGCACCAGCAAUGCAGAUCAUACAAACAUUCAACCCUCUCUCUCCUCCAGUGAUUAAAGGCAUUCUGCCGGUAGGGCACACCUAUGUGCUGGUUUCUCCACAAUCUCUAGCUCCAGUGCCAAUGCCACAGAUUGCCCCUAUGUCACCUGUCGAUGGUACAGUGGCUCCUUUAGAGCUCAGCAUGUCCAUUCAUCCCGUAAGCUCAUUAUCGGACAGCGCAAGUAGGGGUCAGUCUCCAUCCCAACUAGCUCCUGUUUCACCCUCAAAAGACAAAUCACCCUCCAAAGAGUAUCUUUCUACAACCCAGCAAAUCAAGAAGAUGCCAGUGAUACCAAAGAAUGUUCAAGACUCCAUUGAGUGCUUGAAGUUACACCUACAAAAAACGUGUAGUAUGAUGCAAGGAGGAAUGAGCAUGGAGUCUCACUACAUAGACACACCACUGGUGCAAAGGAAGCUUAUCAUCAGAACUGGCAAAAAUGCAAACAAAUGCUUAGAGAAGGAACUUGUGGUGCUCAGUGAUUCAGAGCGAAAGAAAGCCAUGAUGCACAGGAGCCAUGUUUUCCAAAACUAUGGAUCCAAUAACAAGCAACUGAUCACAGUCCUUGGGAAAGCCGGCAUGGGAAAAAGCACAUUUAUCCAGCGUUUGGCCUUGGACUGGUCCACCGGUGGCCUUCAGCAGUUCCAAUUCAUCUUUUUGCUGAAUUGCAAAAUUCUCAAUCUGACUCAGGCGAGCUAUAGUCUGAAGAGUUUGCUGUUUGACUCAUCCAUGUUUCCUCAGUGUGAGGAUUCAGAGGCCGUCUUCAAACACGUUCUCGCCUUUCCCGAGAAUGUUCUCGUUGUUUUUGACAGUUUCGAUGACAUGAAAGACCUUGAAGGUCUUCUUCAAUCCACCGCUACCUCAGCCACAGAUGGCGACUACAGUAUCCGGCAGCUCUUUUCUGGUUUGUUCCAGAAAAAGAUUCUGUCAGGGUGCACACUUUUGAUUGCCACCCGACCCAAAGAUGUCUUGAAUCAGCUGCUGCGGAAAGUAGACAGUAUCUUGGAGUUAUGUUGCUUUUCUCCAAAGGACAUAGAAAUGUAUGUCUCAAACUAUUUUGUGGAUACAUCAGAGAAAGAGAAUGCACUAAGAACAAUAACAAGCCAAAAAUAUAUUUUCAACUUAUGCUCGAACCCUUUGCUAUGUCGCCUUACGUGCUUUUUGUCAGAGCAUCAAAAAAGCAAUGGUUUGCCUUCGACUCUUACGGAUUUAUACCAAAGAGUGCUCAGCCAGCAUUUAGAGCUGAAUGAUAACCUUCAGGGAUCCAACAAGGACAUUGUGCAGUUGUGUAACGUGGCAUGGGAUGGAUUUAAGACGCAAAGCUCCCUUUUAAACCAAAAUCAAAACAAAAACCUGGUAGACUACGGACUCAACUCUGGGAUACUUACGACACGUACACGAUAUGAAGAACCUGGCAACAAGCAGGUCACCUAUUUUGCUAAUCUUUUUGUGCAGAACCUUCUAACUGCUCUGCUUUUGGUACAUUCUAAUGAAAUGAAUGAUAAAGCGCUGCUGGGUCAGACUGCACUCCACCAACGUAAAAGGAAGUCUCCAGGAGAAUGGCAGGAUAUGCUACAAAGGUUCGUAAUGGGAUUACUCUUUCAGAAAAACACCCCCCCCUGUUUCAGGGUCUUCCAAAGCAGUACUGACCUACAGGCCAAAAGAAAAGCAGUGGAAGUCCAUUUGGAGAAUCUGAAACCGGGCGAGCUGAUUCCCAGCAGGUUACUGGAACUGUUUCACUGUGUGUACGAGGCCAGAAAUGUCAAACUUGCCAAACUUCUGGUCAAAAACCUUCCUGACAAUCUGUCAUUUUGCGGAGCUCAGCUCUCUCCAGUGGAUGUCUAUGUUGUUUGGCAUCUUCUUUUGAAUACCAAAGGACUCAAACGGACAUUUUCCAUUGACUUGAGGGACACGUGUGUUCCUCUCAGUGGUCUCAAAGAGCUGGUUGCGCUGGACUGUGUGGCCUCAUUCCGAGCACCUACGAUGGACGCCAUUAAUCUGUGGGAGGACCUGCAUCACAGCAAUGAUAAACUGAGUUUGAAAAAUGCCAUCGACAAGUUUACUAUAAACCCUCUGAAGGUGUCUCAGGUGUCUCAUGUGGAGAACCUGCUCGUUCUUGUACAAAUCCACAAUGAGAAGAAGCUGCCCUUAUGCGAGGCGGAGCCGGCUCUAGAGGACGGUGUCCCAGCGGUGAGACAUCUUCACAAGUUGGAGUACGAGCUCGGCCAGCAGAACAGUCCUGAGGUUUUUCUCCGGCAGGCAGAGGUCUUAUCUGCUCUUCAGUCUCUCCAUCAUCUGGAUCUGGAGAAUAAUAAAAUGGGGGAUGCUGAAGCGGAGCAGUUGGCCGGUGUGCUGAGCUCGCUGUCGUCUCUGAAGCUGCUGAAUCUUUCUCAGAACUGCAUCGGAGACGCCGGAGUGCAGAAACUGUCCGAGGCCCUACCGUCCGCGUCCUCGCUGCAGAGCCUCAGCCUGUAUGGAAACGUGAUCGGGGACAGCGGCGCUGAGAGCUUGGCGUCAGUUUUACCGCUCAUGACGUCUCUGCUGGACCUGGAUGUGAAGUACAACAAGUUCACAGACAUUGGAGCCAAAAAGCUCAGCGCUGCAUUAAAGAAAUCGUCGAGUGUGAAGUCUCUUCAGAUGUGGAACGACUGUGUUCCUUACGGGGUUUUUGAGCAUCUUCAGCUCCAAGACUGCAGGAUUAAAGCUCUAUAAUUCACCUUUUAUUUAAGAAAGAAAACUGCUGCUAUUAACACUGUGUUCUUCAGGUACACACACACACACACACACACUUUACUGAACGCUGUCGCCUCGGCUAAGACACUAAUGUUCUUACGGUGCGUAAUCAAUUUCGUGUUGCACUAUUUCUGUUUGAUUUUUUUUUCAUUUUUUAUGAGCCAGCUGCUGCCUAAUAAAGUACUUUUCUAUAUAAAAUUUAAAAAGCUAAGUUGUUAUUAUUAUUGUUUUUAAAAAAUAUA